GGAAAACAGCUGAUCAGUUGGAAGUUCGUGACUCCAAGGUUUAAUAAAGGCUGACGUGCUUGUUUCCGGAAUAUUGUCACGAGCAUUUGUAGGAAGCUGUGUCAUAGGCUAAACAGAUCACAAUGAUGACCAAACCAUAUAGGAAGCCUGGGGAUAUGACUGAGCUUGUCAGCUCUUUGGGUUGGAUUGAGGAAGAUCUAAGCUCUCAAGACGGGGAGCAAGCGACAGACAUGGGAGACCACUACAGCCUGAACAGAAGGAAUAGCCACAUCCCCAUGGAUCUUGGCAGUGAGGACCUGGAGGGGGAAGAGGAGGAGGAUGAUGAAGAGUGUGGACUGGAUGUGGAAAAGGCAUCAAAACGUCGGGGACCCAAGAAGAAGAAGAUGACUAAAGCUAGGAUUGAACGUUUCCGUGCCCGUCGAGUUAAAGCAAAUGCCAGAGAGAGGACACGCAUGCACGGACUCAAUGAUGCCCUGGACAAUCUACGGCGUGUCAUGCCAUGCUACUCCAAAACACAGAAACUGUCCAAAAUUGAAACCCUGCGACUAGCACGCAACUAUAUCUGGGCUUUAUCAGAGGUCCUUGAGAGUGGCCAAUCACCAGAAAGUAAUGGUUUUAUGGAGAUGCUCUGUAAAGGGCUCUCACAGCCCACCAGCAACCUGGUGGCUGGCUGCCUCCAGUUGGGUCCUUCACCCAUGCUCCUGAGCAAACUGGAUGAGAAGAGCGGACCCUUGGAUGCAGUGAGUGCUCAGCAGGCACACGCUUUGAGUUUCCCAUCACCUGGUCUUCCUAGCCCUCCCUACGGCUCCUUGGAGGCCUCCCACCUUCUUCACCUGAAAGGUUAUAAAGGAGCAACCUAUGAGAAUCACUCACCCAAUGAGUGUAACAACGGUACACCACCUUACGACGGCCCUCUCACGCCACCCCUCAGCAUUAGCGGCAACUUCGCCCUUAAGCAAGAGCCCGACUCUGAGAGGAAUUACACUCCGCAUCCCACACACGCAACUCACUACCUGUCUAAUCACUACCCAGCACCCUCUAUGGCUGGAUUGCCUCAGGGCCAUGCACUGUUCCCUGGAUCCCGUUAUGAGCUACCUUUAGACAUCACUUUUGAGUCAUUUGCUGCACCACACAUAGUGAGCUCACAGAUGGGCACUAUUUACAAUGAAUGAACAGCCAUGGCUGCCACAGAACUCAGAAAAAGUGUCCAGAAUUCAAAGAAUUCAAAACACAUAAGUGACACAUAAGUGACAUUUUGAGGGAAACUGCAGCCUGAAUGACACAGAAGCAUUGCAGACAUACAGAUUUUGAUUAAUUUAUUCUUUCAUUUCUGAUUUCUUAUUUGGCUUGUGAGGUCUUCUGGAUUUUCUUCUUUCACGUCCUUGACUGAUCUUAACUCCUCCUCUUAGAUAGAGAGGUCCCAUAUGAAUAAGCUCUAAAGGCUAUACACACCUGUCCUCCCUACACUUAUAUUUUUCUAAAGCUUCUACAUGACUUUCCUUCUGCUCAAAAGCCAAUUUCAAUAAAGACCCUUCUAGAAGCAAUACA